UCAAUGACGUGUUAAGAAACCACACUAAACACAUGUCAGGUUUAAUUUGUUAUCUCAAAAAGGCGCAUUCCGCGUAGACCCUAGGCGCCAUGAAGCUGAUGUCGGUGGAUAUUUUUCCACAUAAAUAGCCUAUGAGACUGGAGCAGUACCAUACUGUCUUCUGCCACCGCCAACAAAACAGAAGAUGAUGAGGACCUUGAUCUUCCUUGCAGUCGUGGUGGCCGUGGUCCUCGCGGCGCCAGCUGAAGAGGAAACGGGAGUUGCCGAGGUGGACAACGGCAUGGAGCGCUCGUCCAACGCUUCCAAUACGCUCACCCUGCCAGGCAUCGGCGACGUCUCUCUCAGUGGCACCUCGCUGCUGCAUGGCUUCCUUGUUGGCUCCUUCGCUCUUUUCGCAGUUGUUGGACUGGCCACCGUGCUGACCCUCAUUCUGCCCUGGUUUGGCCUCAGGAAAGUCAUCGAUAACUGGUCCUGCGCCCUCACGGGAAGCUGUGGCUACGACCCCUACAACGGCAACCAGCUGGCUUACGACCACUACCAGAACUACCAGCAACCUGCACCUACCGCGUACCAGCAGCAGCAGACUGCUGCAGCGGCCGGAUACAGUGCUAACCCUUCGCCAACCUACCAUCAACGUUCUUCCGAUCUUUUGAACCCGAUCCUGCAGGCCCUGAGCAGUGCCUAUGAGAGGUAUGGACCCACCCCCGUCGUCAAAGCAUAAAGUUACUCCUGAUUAAACGUUGAAAAUUGUAUGGACCGACCACCGCUCACGCCCGUUGUCAUUCCCGUCCAAAAGAUCACCAUUAUCAGCCACUGACAGGAUGAUGCGGUGAACAGCCAUUUAAUGUAUGAAUUCACAUUAUUGCGAGAUAUGCAGAAGCGCUUUACAAAAA